AUGGAUCUCCUUAUAUGGGACGAUGGCUGUCACUCCAUAUCCCACUCAAUGCUACUGGCAUUUCUGUUCAGUCUGACGAGCUUGGAUGAUGCUACUAGCAUGCACGAUUAUGUCGUAGUCAAUGAUGGCGACAUGCAAGAAUUUAUUCUCCCUGAGGAGCCCGUGGAUGUAAAGAAACGGCAUCAGAGAGUCAUCUCAACCACAUCCCCCACACACGCCAUGUCUCCUCAUGAGUUCUCCCCAAUAUCCUCUACAGCUAGUUCUGCGGCAUCAUUUGAGUUUCUGUCCCCGCUCUCCACGACUCAACAAUUUCCUCCUGGCGUGACUUCAUUCUGUCCCGCCACGCACCCCGCCGAGUCUUUUACAGAAGACUAUCGUCUUCAGAUCCCUCUUCACCAAAACCCUUACCUUACCGUUCUCGAAAAGAUCUCCCCUGAGCAAUUCACACGUUGUCUUGAGCUCCUUCACACGUCCCUCCCCAUCGAGCUCAAUGUGGUGCGUGAUGUCAUGCCAAAGCCCAACGGAUUCGUGCAUACCGUGCUUGAGGCAUACAACAAUCAUUGUGGGCUCAUCCUCCGCCCUGAUGACGUCUGGACCGUGAUCCUCACCCAAUUCAGCUUCUUCGUGAGCGCAAACACCGAGCAGCUCCGUUCGCAUUUCGUAGCGCACGAGGGCCAGGAAGAAUUAGAUAUAAGUAUAUACACUGUCUACUUUUGCUUUUGCAAUGCACUUCAGUGA